AUGAAAGUGCUAUGUGUCGCUGAGAAGAAUUCGAUUGCAAAGGCGGUUUCCCAGAUUCUUGGUGGAGGAUCAUCGGUUUCACGUGACUCAAGUUACAUGUAUGUGAAGAACUACGACUUCCAGUAUGAUGGAUUUCCCUUUGCCAAUCGUGCUGGCAGUUGCCAGGUUACGAUGACCAGCGUGGCUGGUCAUCUGAGCGGUGUAGAUUUCCAAAAUGAGCAGUAUGGGUGGGGGAAAUGCAAUGCGCAGGAGUUGUUCGAUGCCCCGAUAAGUGAAGUGCUGGACAAGAAUCAAAGGAAGAUUGCGGAUAACAUAAAGAAAGAGGCCCGCAAUGCAGAUUUUCUGAUGAUUUGGACCGAUUGCGAUCGCGAGGGAGAAUACAUAGGAUGGGAAAUCUCCCGCGAGGCAAGGAGAGGCAACCAUCGGUUGACAGAUGACGUGGUUUACCGCGCUGUAUUCUCACAUUUAGAGAGAAGACACAUUCUGCAAGCGGCAAGAAAUCCUCAGCGGUUGGAUAUGCGAAGCGUGAAUGCUGUCAGCACGAGGAUGGAAAUAGACCUGCGAGCAGGCGUCACAUUUACAAGGCUUUUGACCGAGACCCUGAGGGAUAAGGUUGGUCAAACUAAUGGCGUUGCCAGAAUCGUCAACGGCAGUUCUGCUGGAAACAGAAAGAAAGACACUUCGAGUGUGAUAUCAUAUGGUACUUGUCAAUUUCCAACUUUAGGCUUCGUUGUGGACAGAUUUGAAAGAAUACGAAAUUUCGUUUCCGAGGAGUUUUGGUAUAUACAGUUACAGGUCCCGAGUGAGGCAGGAAACACAGCCUUUCAGUGGGAUAGGGGUCAUUUAUUCGACAGGCUGAGUGUCUUGGCCUUUUAUGAAGCGUGUAUCGAAACAGCAGGCAACAAAGCAACAGUGAUCGAUCUUAGGUCGAAACCGACUUCCAAGUACAGGCCGUUGCCUCUGACCACGGUUGAACUGCAGAAGAAUUGCGCAAGGUUUUUCAAAAUCAAUGCCAAGCAAUCUCUUGAAGCCGCUGAGAAGUUGUAUCAAAAAGGUUUUAUAUCCUACCCAAGGACCGAAACCGACACUUUCCCUGAAAAGAUGGAUCUCAAGGCGCUGGUGACUAACCAGGCCCAGCUACAACAGAGUGAAAACUCUAGGACCGCGUGGGCGUCAUACGCUGCCGAUUUGCUGUCGGAAUCCCCGGGCUCGAAUAAGUUUAAAUGGCCAAGGAGUGGGUCCCACGAUGAUAAAGCUCAUCCUCCUAUUCAUCCCGUCAUCAGUCUUGGUCCACAGGCCAACAUAUCGGCUACCGAGAGGAAAGUUUACGAAUACGUGGUUAGGCACUUCUUGGCGUGCUGCUCCGAGGAUGCCAAAGGCCAAUCAACCACACUGAAAUUGAAUUGGGGAGGUGAGAUUUUCACCGCAAGUGGUCUUGUAGUAUUAGAAAGGAACUUUUUGGAGGUUUACCCUUGGGCUAAAUGGGAAACAACAAAGCAGCUACCGAGAUUGGAACUGAAUCAAGAGUGUCAGUUGGAGAAAACAGAGAUGCGUUCCGGUAAUACAUCAGCACCGAAGCCGAUGACUGAAAGUGAGCUGAUCAUGCUCAUGGAUGCCAACGGAAUUGGAACAGACGCUACUAUUGCUGAACAUAUUGAAAAGAUUCAGGUACGAAAUUACGUUAGAAGCGAAAAAGUAGGAAAAGAAACAUACCUGCAACCAACAAUACUUGGUAUCGCACUAGUGCAUGGUUUUGAGGCAAUUGGUUUAGAAGAUUCGUUUGCGAAACCAUUCCAGAGAAGAGAAAUGGAGGAAGGACUGCGACAAAUAUGCGCCGGAACCAGAACCAAGAAUGAAAUUGUGCUCGACAUAAUAAGCAAGUAUAAAAGUUACUAUGCCAAGACCAACAGCUCUAAGAGCAAGCUACUAGAAGUCUACGAUCGAGUUCGUGCGAUAAUGUCGUAG